GACGUGCGGCCGCGGCUGAAGUGCAGCGCCGGGGGGAUCGCCGCCGCCGCUCCGGGCAGCUCCCGGAGUCUCUCCGGAGCAGCAUGGCUCUCCUUCUGUUCGUCCUCAUCACGCAGGCCGCGAGCAGGGCUGAGAUGAGCGCCGCGGAUCCGGAGCUGUCCUCGGUGCCUAUACCGACCAAUGUGACAAUUGAAGCCAAUAACUUGAAUGCUUUUGUACACUGGGAUUACCCAACCAUGCAGCAGACUCCUUUUUUUACUGUAGAGGUGAAAACCUAUGAGGGUAAAAAAUGGAGUAAUGCUUGCAAUACCUCUCAUCAUCAAUGUAACAUCUUUUUCAUGAUUGAUAAUCCAAUGAGUUCUCUCUGGGCCAGAGUUAAUGCUAAGGUUGGAGAAGAAGAAUCAGCCUUUGCAGAGUCAGAAGAAUUUAUUUUGUGCAAACAAUGGAAAAUUGGACCACCUAAACUGAAUAUCAGACAAAAGGGAGACCAAGUCAUCGUUGAUAUAUUUCAUCCUUUAGGUACUAUAAUUGAACAAGAGCUGGAAGCUACAUACGAUGAUGUAAAUUGUCACACACUCACAUACAAUGUGUAUGUGAGAAUGAAUGGAACUCUGAUCACCCUGAAGGAAGAUGAUUGCAAUGGGACUUGGUGCCACUUAACUAUUCCAGGGUCUUCGCUGAGUUCCGAGUACUGUAUUUCAGUAGACGGCAUUGCAGAGGAAAAGACAUGGACCGUUAAAACUGAAAGGUCUAAAGAACUUUGUGGCCCUAUUUUUGAUCAUAAGAGUGUAGAAGAUUCUGUUUGGAUUCCAAUUGUUGCUGCUGUCCUACUCUUUUUGAUACUUGUCCUGGUAGUAGUAUGUUGUAACCUGAAGAAAAUAAAUCCAUUUAAGAGAAAAAACAUCAUGUUACCCAAGUCCUUGGUGUCUGUGGUAAAAAAUGCCUCUUCAGAGGCAAAAUCUGAGUCAAAAUAUAUAUCACCCGUCACCUACAAACCUAUCAUCCCUGAAAACGAAAAGGUGUUCUGUGAAGAACAGUGGUCUCCAGCAUCAAUUUCCAGUACGCUGACUGAGGAUGAGCCAGGAAAAGGAGAAAACAAAGAAGAUCUUUCCAGUGAGACAGAAGUGGUGAUCACUGAAGAAAAUACUUCUGACGUGGCCCCUGAUAGCCCUGAGACCUCAGCACGGAAAGCGGAUUCUGCCCACUCAAGUAGUAACCAGUCUGAACCCUGCAGCAUUGCUUUAAACUCUUACCACUCCAGAAAUGGUUCUGAUAGUGGCGUUGUGGCAUCAGACAGCUUCUUAUCUGACUUAGAAUUUCCUCCAAAUAACAAAACCGAAAUAAAUACAGGACAGCCAGAGCCCGUAAUGCUGAGGCACACUACUUCCUCCUUUGGUUAUGAUAAACCUCAUGUGGUGGUGGAACUGCCUGUGGAUGAAGGUGUUAAAGAGUCCUUGAUCGGUUACAGAGUCACAGGAGGUUCCAAAGAGUUUUCAUGAGAUCAACCUAGAUGCACCAGCUUGGAAGGAUCUGCGUGUACUGAACGGUUUUUCUGCUUUGAUUUCAUGAAAAGAUCAUGAUUUCAGAAAUUGUCUCUGUGGAUAUUAACCAAAUGGAGUACCUUGGAUGAAAGUGCACAGAGCCUGUUUGGCACUGUUGCAGUUGGUCUGAAAGCUGCAGUGACUUUCAAAAAACAAACCAUUGUUGCAUGUGAACCUUGCCAUAUACAAUAGAAAGGUCGGUAGUAACAGUGGAUACACUCUGAUAGCCCUGCGCCUGUGACGGGGAUUACCCUGGGUCUUUACUAACCACUUCAAGAGAUAUAAUGGAUUUUUUCCAUUUCUCUGCUUUUGUGGGGUCCUUGUUUGUUUGUUUGUUUGAUUGUAUUUUUUUAAAGUUUUUGUACCAGUAUGUAGUAUUUUUAAAUGCGUGCUUUCAGAGGAAAUCUUGGAAGCUCUUAAAAACUGCAUUUAAACAUCGAAUUCAAACCAAUAGAAAUAAUAAAGAAUAUGUAAAUAUUGUAGAAACUUGUAUAUAAUUUUUAUGGAACAUUGCAUAUAAAGACUUUUCAAUAUUUUUACAAUUUAUUUUUCUAUUUAUUUAUG